UCAGGUGCGGCUGCGUCUUAAACUACAGGUUCCCUCAACUACAAUUUGACAGUUUCUUAGGCGUUACGCUAUCGGAGCGCUUUCACUUUCUCUUGACUUCCAGAGCGCAUAUCACUGUGAGCCUGGGGUUGUUUAAUUCCAAACCCAGUUACCAGAAGCCCUCACACCACGGCACCAUGAGCAAAAAGAAAAAGGAGUGGAGAGCGGAAAAAGAUCGCUUGCUCAGCCUUGGACUAGACGAAAGACGCAAAGAUUAUCGGGGCAACUAUUUGACACUGGACAAGAUUCAUACCUGGGCAAAUCAUGACAAUACAGCUACAGAGGAAGAAGAACCACCAUCUUUCUCUUUAGCUAGAAAAGUGUCUCUGCACAGAGGUGACAUAACUUCCCUUGAGGUGGAUGCCAUUGUGAAUGCUGCAAACUCGUCUCUGCUCGGGGGUGGAGGAGUGGAUGGCUGUAUACACAGAGCUGCCGGCCACCUCCUGUAUGAUGAGUGCCACUCUUUAAACGGCUGCGACACGGGCAAAGCCAAGAUCACGUGUGGCUACGACCUCCCUGCCAAAUAUGUGAUCCACACUGUCGGCCCAAUUGCCAGAGGAAAUGUGGGCCAGUCCCAAAGAGAUGACCUCGAAUCAUGCUACCAAAACUCCCUCAAGCUGGUGAAGGACAAUAACUUGAGAUCUCUGGCCUUUCCAUGCAUAUCGACUGGAAUUUACGGUUUUCCCAAUGAGCCGGCAGCAGAAAUUGCACUGAGAACUGUGAGGGACUGGAUUUUGAGCAACAGAGAUGAGAUUGACCGUGUCAUAUUCUGCGUCUUUCUGGAGACAGAUUAUGAGAUUUACUACAGGAAGAUGUCAGAUUACUUCUCCCCAGAUAAUGACAGCCAUGAGGAGGAGGCAGAAGCCAAGAUGGAAAAUGAUAACGCACAGACCGAAGAAGGCGAAGAAGAUGCCACUCAAGGUGAUAAGAAAGAAGACGAGGAGAUGAUGAGCCAGACAGAUGAAAUCUAUGAGGAUGAUGUAAAGAUGGAAAGCCAAAAGCAAGAUGAUAUACCAGAUGCCGUAACUUUUGAGCAGGUGAAAGAAAAGCCUGAGAAAGGAGAUCCUAAAGUGGAGGAGAGUCCAGCAGCAAAGGAAGAACUUGAAGUGGGACAUAAUGAGAAAGAAAGAGAGGAGGAGAAGAAAGAAGACAAGGGAGGAGACCCAGAAGUUGCAGGGGAAGAGAGAAGGGGCAGCCAAGGGAAGAAGAUGGAAACUGGCCAGGCUGAUGAAGAGGAACAACAGAGGAAAGACACAAUGAAGAGUGCGGACAUCAGGGAGGUCACCAGUGAAGAGGCUGAAGUUCUCAUGGAUGUUCACAGCGCUGAUAAAAUUGAGAUCAAAUCAACCCAGGAAAACAACACCACCAGCACUAAAGUUGAAAUGAAAGCCCACGACCAGAGCUCCCAAGAGCCUGCAUCAUCUUCAACAGACAGCAUUCAGUCCAAAGAUGGCCAAGUCGAUAAGAGCGCACAGAGAAAGGAAUGAGACGAUAAUCAGCCUCAUAGGAAUGUGUGCCGGCAAACUGUGUGAAGGCAAACAUCACACCAAUUUUGUCCCACGCCAGGGAGUUGCCCACAAACACUGGGAGAAGAGAUAACCCCCAUUCCAUACACCAUCUUUCCUUCUAUUCACCCUGCCUUUCCAUUUCCUCAUAUUAAUGAUAAUUAAAUAUAUAGCUACGUAAAAAUGAACAAAUGAGAGUUUGAACAUAUCAGAGAGAGUGCAGGAGUCGUAGAGGCUGGAGAAGGGCUGCUAUACCUGACUGAUAUGCUUCUUGAUCAAUAGUUUUUUCAACUCGGCAUCCUGGUGCUGGAUCUGAAGUGGUUUAAAUUAGAUGGAUUGGUCAAACGCAUGCUAAAACCAGUCUGAUACUUUCAGCUACGCACAUAUUUGUAAUGAAGAGCAAAGCCAAGGCUGAAUUUUCAAUCCUGCAAACUCGUAUCACAAGAUUCAGACUUAUAGCCCUGUCCAACAAUUUAAAGGGACAGUUCACCCUAAAAUUACAGUUCUGUCAUUAUUUACUCACCAUCAUGUUGUUCCAAACCUGUAUGACUUACUUUCUCCCGUAGCACACAAAAGGAGAUGUAAGGCAGAAUGAUUCAGUUAACAUUCAUUCACUGCAUAAAAAAAAUAAUAUAUAUAUAUACAAUGAAAGUAUCUUUCAAAAGAGGAAAGAAAUUCAUAUGGAUUUGUAAAACACGAGGGUGAGUAAAUGAUGACCGAAUUGUCAUUUUUGCGUGAACUAUUCCUUUAUGAUGUCUUUCAGGUAAAUAACACUAAUAUGGCUGUAAAUGUCUGUUUGUGUGUGAGUGUGUGUGCAUACACAAGCCAAUGAUGUCACUUUAAAGAGUUUUUAUUUUGUGUGUGAGCUUCAGAACCAAGUCAGGUCAAAUGAGCAGAAAAUCUCUUGAUUGUAAUCUCACAUUGAGUGGUGACACUCCUCCCUACAGCACGCUAUCAACAAGUCCUCAGCUUCGACAGGGGCGCUUGUGCACGAUUCUCCUUUGAAACAACGAGUCACGCUCGCAGAGCCCCACUUUAAUCUCUCAAAUGAGCAUUGAUCACUUUUCAUCUUCAAAGCUGUUCUGACUACUGCAAAUGCCUGUUAAAAAAGAAAAAGAACACAUCCAUUGGAUCAAACUGUGGCUGUUUUUGACAAGUGUGCAAACUGAUUAAUUCCCUUAAGGUUUAUCUAGAUGCAUGCCAGCAUUAUUUAAAAUGUUUUAUUUACAGUCCACUCUUUCUCUCUCUCUCUCUCUCUCUCUCACACACACACACACACAUGGAUUGACAGAUAUUCAAUCACACUUGAAAACUCAGAUUUCUUUUUUUUUUUUUUUAACCAGAUUGGCUCUGCAUCUCCAAAAUUCUGACUUUUUUUCAUGAGACAUGAUCUGUGGUGGCAAAAAUUGGCAUAUACUAAGCUUGUGGCUUUGAAUUAAUUAAACUGUACUUAAGGAGAUACAUUUCUUUCUUUAAAAAAAAAAAAAAAAAAGAGUUUUUUGAGCUGGUUUUAGUUUGGUUGGUUGAUUUUCUUGCUUUUAAUGUUUUUUUGUUGAUUAAAAAAAUAAUUAAAUGUAUUAAAAAUUUUCAUUUGCUCAUUUAAGUGGUGCCAUACUGUAUAUCAGAUGAACUUCUGCCUUCUUUCUUUAAUGUUUGCUUUGCUAUAAAACAGCUUUGAAUAAAGUUAUAGUUGUUUC